CGGCGCGAUUUUGACCGUUCGCGCUCGCGUUUCCAGUCUUCCACGUUUUCCUUUCCGGCAUCCACUCGGUUUUCCGCGUGCGUUUAUUAUUAGUAUAUGUACGCCGGUUAACGUAUCGCGACGCUUAUACACACAAAUUUUUCGCCGUGCGUAUGUUGUUUAUUUUAAUUUGUCACUGAUAGCGUUUUAUUGUGUUGAAUGUAAGAUCGCAUAAUUUCGCAAAAAGUAUGCCGUUACGAUAAACAAAAUAGGCGCGCUUCCGUUCGAUUGGCACUACACACGCGGCCAACGUUCACGAAUGAGUUUAAUUUGAUAAUCAUAAAACGAAAGUAUUAAUGACAAUAAACUUUAAACUUAACUUUUGAGUGGCGUGUGUUUCAAACAUUUAAAAGUUACUGUUUUCAAUGUAUGGAUGUAAAAUAAAGGCCGGAACAUGAGAGCGUAUGCAGAUUGCUUUUAUUCGCGCGAUGCUGGAUGCAAAACGGAAGAAUAUUUUCCCAACAUGUCGGGGUGAAUAAACUGGAAACUUGGUCUUGUGAAAUGUGGAUCCUGGUCCAGUUGAUAACUCUAACCCCGUUGAUCGCCCCUUCAGUAUGCAAAGUAUUCACAAUGGGUUACCUCACCGGCUCGCAACGUCUGCCCGACGACAAGGAAUACCAACGGCAUGGACUCACUAUCUCCGGCGCAAUUUCCCUCGCAGUCGAAGAGGUAAACGCCGGCGAGCUAGGACGCCGUGGUCACAAACUAGAGUUCAUCAUCGCGGAGACCUAUGGCAAGGAAAAAAUCAGCGUUGCUCAAACUGCAGAAUUGUGGAGGAAAAACGUCUCCGUCUACAUUGGACCUCAAGAAUACUGCGAGCAUGAAGCUUACAUGGCUGCAUCAUUUAACCUACCAAUGAUUUCAUAUUUUUGCACGGUCAACGAAACUUCGGACAAGAGCAAAUAUCCGACUUUCGCACGAACGCGACCACCGAUCACGCAAAUCUCCAAGUCGGUUGCAUCUGUGCUCACAUACUUCAACUGGACGAGUGUGGUGCUACUCUAUUUGAAUUCACCAAACCCAUCCGAUUUUGAAUACGGCAAUAUUGCACGAGUGAUUCCCCAAUAUUUAUCGGCGGCUGGUGUGAAUGUUGUUGCAAGCAGAUCCUGGAGUCAAUCGUACAUGCAUGUCAAUGGAUAUAACAUGGAAAAUCCCUUCCAUCAGCUGGUAGAAGAAACUUAUAAAGAUACACGAAUUUACGUCAUCCUGGGCCAUCAUUACGAACACUUGGAGUUUAUGGUUGCGAUGGAGAAGCGGAAACUGUUUGAGAAGGGCGAAUAUUUUGUUGUCGGCGUAGACAUAGAUGAAUACAACGAAAAGAAUCCAGCAACGUAUCUUCAAGGCUUCCUCACAGAAGAAGCCGACCCUUCGGCGCAGCAAGCAUUCCGUCAUUACUUGGGCGUCGUGCCGUCGAGUCCUGUCGGUUUUGAGAAUUUUACUGUGCAAGUGAAUACCUAUUUGGAGAAACCGCCGUUCAAUUUCUCGAAUCCGCUGAAUCACCUGAACGUCACCGCCGGCAAAAUCAUUGUAUCGGGGGCAGCAUAUUUGUACGACGCUGUUCACUUAUACGCCAGAGCUUUGAUGCAGAUUUUAGAUGAAGGCGGUGACACGCGCAACGGCAGUGCUAUUAUUAAUUGCAUCAAGGGAACCCACUACAAGAGCGCGAUGGGAUACAUGGUAUACAUGGAUGAGAACGGAGACGCCGAGGGCAACUACACGCUGAUUGCCAGGAAGAGGUUGCACGUGGAGGCGGACAAAGGCGAGACCGGCGGCGGCGUCGGAGGUGGCAACAGCGGCGGCACUGCUAACGCCGGUUAUGGUUUAUACCCGGUCGGCGUGUUUGCACUUCGCUCAAAGGAUUCGAAAUUGCCGUUUUUGCAAUUGAAUGAUAAAAUCGAUUGGAUGAAUGGUAAACCCCCUAUUGCAGUGCCACCGUGUGGUUUUCGAGGUGAAAAAUGCAUAUCGUAUACGCUUGAAAUAAUUUACGGCGUCGCCGGCGGCAUGCUGCUGGUGGUCGCCGUCAUCGGGCUGAUUUUCUACCGCAACUGGCGCUACGAACAGGAGCUGGACAGUUUACUGUGGAAAGUCGACUUUCGCGAUAUACAAAUCAACGGCGAACCCAACGCAAAUGGUCUCGGCCCCAAAGUUACUAGGGCGCUGCAUCCUUUACGGACGAGUCAAGGAUCAAUAAAUUCGAAUGCUGAUUUUGACUUCCGUUAUUCAAGCAUUUUCACACAAAUUGGCAUUUAUAAGGUGCGCGUCUUCGCCAUCAAGAGGAUUCACAAGAAGUCAAUUGAUAUUACACGUGAAAUGAAAAAGGAACUUAAAAUGAUGCGUGAUUUGCGACAUGACAAUUUAAAUGCAUUUAUUGGGGCAUGUACAGAACCACCAAAUAUUUGCAUCGUGACUGAAUAUUGCACAAGAGGCAGUUUAAAGGACAUAUUGGAAAAUGAAGACGUGAAGUUGGACAGCAUGUUCAUCGCGUCCUUGGUCGGCGACAUAUUGCGGGGGAUGAUUUAUUUGCAUGACUCGCCCGUGCGAUUUCACGGCGCUCUACAUACAGCGAAUUGUCUGGUGGAUUCACGUUGGGUUGUCAAAUUGGCCGAUUUUGGUCUCCGGGAAUUCAAGCGAGGAGCCGAAGAUCAUUCCUUGAAGGAUUCCAGCAGGAUAUUGGAAAAAUGCCGCACAUUAUUGUAUCGUGCACCUGAGCUUCUCCGGGAAACAGAUUCGUACAUCUCAAAGGAUCCACCAUUGGGCACCCAGAAAGGCGACGUUUACUCGUUUGGUAUAAUCCUGUAUGAGCUCCAUAGCAGACACGGACCUUUCGGUGAGACCCCACUAUCAGCAGCCGAAAUACUGAAUCGUGUCAUACAUUGCCCACCCGGCUGUCCACCGUUUAGGCCGCCACUGGAAUCGCUCGAGCACAGUUUCGAUUAUGUGCUGGACUGCCUGAAGGAAUGUUGGCACGAAAGUCCAGACGAACGCCCUGACUUCAAGAGCAUUCGGACCAAACUUCGACCACUGCGUAAGGGAAUGAAACCAAACAUUUUUGACAAUAUGAUGGCCAUGAUGGAGAAAUACGCCAACAAUUUAGAGGCUUUAGUAGAUGAACGAACAGACCAACUACAGGAGGAAAAGAAGAAGACAGAGGCUCUACUGUACGAAAUGUUGCCACGUCCGGUGGCCGAACAGUUGAAGCGUGGUAACAAAGUGGAAGCGGAGGGGUUCGACUGCGUGACAAUCUAUUUUAGUGAUAUCGUCGGAUUCACAAGAAUGUCAGCAGAGAGCACACCACUGCAGGUUGUGGAUUUUUUAAACGAUUUGUACACAUGUUUCGAUUCCAUCAUCGAGAAUUAUGAUGUUUACAAAGUUGAAACCAUUGGUGACGCAUAUAUGGUGGUAAGUGGUCUACCGAUUCGCAAUGAUGACCAGCACGCGGCGGAGAUAGCGACCAUGUCUUUGCAUUUACUGUCGGAAGUAAAGAAUUUUACGAUCAGGCAUCGCACCGGCGAGAAGCUGAUGCUCCGCAUUGGAAUACAUUCAGGACCUGUUUGUGCCGGCGUCGUGGGGUUAAAAAUGCCCCGAUAUUGCUUGUUCGGCGACACUGUCAAUACAGCGAGCCGGAUGGAAUCGACCGGUGAAUCGUUAAAAAUCCACUGCAGCAAGCAAUGUCAACAUUUGCUCUCGAAGCUCGGCGGAUACAAUCUGAUCGAACGUGGCAUGGUCAGCAUGAAAGGCAAGGGCGAUCUACAAACGUAUUUUCUCAUUGGAGAGGACGAGCGGAUGCGACUGCUCCGGAAAGAGGCGCGCGAACGACGCCGCGACAGAUCCCACGGACGUUGUAAGCUGUUGGACAACAACGGACACAUCGUACCGCGCAGUUCUCUCAAGAACAAAAACAGCAUCGUUCGUAGUCCGAUACCACGUUGCUCCAGCUUUGAAUCACCGAAGCGUCUACGAUUUGCGAGCGACGAGAACCUAGAGUCAGGACCUACACGCUCACGAAGCAACAAACAUUUCGAGGAUAUCGACGCCAGUCCACUCAAUGCGGCUGACGGAAAUGUGGAUAAUUGCAGCGAAGCGUGGCGUACAUCCAGCACAUCCUGUCCGUGCAUAGAGAAUUUAGCAAAUUCGUCGGCUACAUUGGCACAGUUUCAAUUAUCUAUGUUUGAUGUGUCUGGCAGGAAAGGCUCCCGCAAAAAUAGUAAAAACUUUGGUAAACACUCGAAUAGCAUAGGUCAGAGUGUUAGCAUGGCAAACGGAGGAAGUGUACCAAGUUUACGGCACUGUCUUAGCGUGCCACGAUUUCACGCCAUUCAAACAAUCUCUGCACCCACAAGUCCCAGAAGGAAGGACCACUUUGAGUUGUCCAAAUUUCCUGAAUGUGAGGACGUGUGUCCAUGGGUGGACUCAACACCACUGCUUAAAGUUACCACACAUAAUAAUUAAUAAUGCAUGUACUAUCUACUUAUUAUUCUUGCGAAUAAUUGACGAGGUCUGGACUUGCCGCAAAGUCAUGUUUCAAUAAUACUAUCCUGUCUUCAAGUCGAUUUUAAGGGAAACAAUUACGAACCAAUUUUUAAAUGUAUAACCAAUUUGCUGAAAAACUUGCUGUUAACUAGUUGAUGCAAGAGGUCUAGUCAGAAACUGCGGUGGAGGAGAGUGCAAAGGAAUGGUGAUUUGAUUAUUGGGAGACUGAUAACUCUGAGAAAUUAAUGUGUGAUAAACCUAACAGUAUAUAAGCAGAUUGAGAUUAUUGAUGUGUUACUUAUUCAAUUUAUUAUUUUAUGUCAAUGUUGAACUUCAAUAUAUGCAAAAUAUAUUUAUUGAA